GGUCGGGAGUGUCCCAUUCACACUCCCUUACAUUUAACGGCGUCUCUCUCCGGAAGGACAAAUUAAUUGGACACGGCCGAUGGAAACAUAUGCGUGAUGAACAAACCCAACCCGGAUGCAUCUGUUCACCUUUUGGGGAAAACUAUGACUAUUUUAAACGACUGACGAUUUGGGACACUGUUUAUAUUUUUACUUUUUCUUGCCCCAGAACCAUUCAUUCAUUUAUUCAGUGAAAUUUGCUGCAGCCUCAGAUUGUUUUGCCACACAGGCCAUCUUUGCAGUCUGUUUUUUUUUUAAAAUUAUUAUUAUUAUUUUGGUCCCAUGAGGAGAAUGGAUCCCCUGCAAUGUUUCCCCAAAAAGUACCCAGUGCUGGUGCUUCUGUCCGCGGUCUAUGCCCUGGUGUGGACCCGGAGCCCCGUGGCUGCUGCGGGGAGGAGCUGCGCUGACACCCGGCAGGUGUACUCGGAGAAGGGGUACAGCACAGGCACCGCACCGCUGACUCAAAUCUCUGGUGAGCACCUGCGGCUCUGUCCUCAGGACUACACCUGCUGCUCCAGUCAGAUGGAGGAGACGCUGGCCCUUCAGAGUGAGAGGGACUACCUCAAAGCUGUUGAAGACAACAGCCAGUUCCUUUUGACUACAUUUACACAGAGACACCGCAGGUUUGAUGAGUUCUUCAGGGAGCUUAUAGACCUGUCAGAGAAGUCUAUGAACCAGAUGUUUACCAAGACGUAUGGGAGACUCUUCACUCAGAAUGCACACGUCUUCCAGGAGCUGUUUGUGGAGCUUCGCAGAUAUUAUUCUGGGGGCAGUGUGAGUCUCGCUGAGGUCCUGUCAGACUUCUGGUCCAGACUGGUGGAGAGGGUCUUCUCUCUGGUCAACCCCCAGUAUCAGUUCAGCGAGGACUACUUGGAGUGUGUCAGUAAACACGCUGAACAGCUGCAGCCGUUUGGGGACGUGCCACGCAAGCUACGCGUACAAGUCUCAAGGGCUUUCAUUGCAGCCAGAGCCCUUUCUCAGGCCUUAGCAACAGGUCGGGAUAUUGUCAAUAAAGCAACAAAGCUGACUGCAGAUUCAGAGUGUGUUCGUGGGCUGAUGCGUCAGUGGUACUGCCCCCUGUGUCGAGGCGUGCCCUUCCUGCGGCCCUGCCACUCCCUGUGCCUUAAUGUGAUGAAGGGCUGCUUAGCCAAUCAGGCCGACCUGGGCACGGAGUGGAACAACUUCAUUGAUGCUCUGUACCAGGUUUCUGAGAAAUUGGAGGGGCCGUUCAACAUGGAGCUGGCAACUGACUCCAUUUCUGUGAAAGUGUCAGAGGCCAUCAUGCACAUGCAAGAAAACAGUGUCAGCAUCUCAACUAAGGUAUUUCAGGGUUGUGGAAACCCCCGACCAGCUCCAGGACGGUCCAAACGCUCACCCAAAGAGUCAGGAAGCAACAGGAGACCCUUUAGGACCUACAGCCCAGAAGAGAAACCCACCACAGCUGCAGGGACCAACCUGGAUCGACUGGUUACCGAGCUGAAGGAGCGACUCCGGCCAAUGCAGGGCUUCUGGGUGUCCCUCCCACACACCAUCUGCAAUGAUGAGAAGAUGGCUGCCGACGUCACUAAUGAGGACCGCUGCUGGAACGGGCAGACCCGGGGGAGGUACCUGCCCGACGUCACCGGUGAUGGACUUGUCAGCCAGAUCAACAACCCAGAGGUGGAAGUGGACAUAGCCCGGCCGGAUGUGAGGACUCGACAGCUGAUCAUGGAGCUGAGGGUGGCGACUAACAAACUGAGACACGCUCAAACGGGACAAGACAUGGACUUCAUGGACAGUGAGGAGGGCAGUGGCUCGGGUGGAGGAGACCACGGUGAAAGGUACAAUGAUGACUGGCCAGGCUACGGGCCGUACUACCCCCCCUACAACAAACCCCCACAUAACCCUGUGUCCAACCCCGCCAAGCCGCCCCGCAUCCGAGAACGAAACGGGUCCAAGUGGAACAGAAACAACGGCCACGGACGGGUCAAAUCAGCAUCCAGCCCACCCACCUUCUCCCUGCUCUCUUUGUUGUGUUUACCUUUCAUGGCCACUAUCGCCCCUUUGUGGAGAUAGCUGCUUAUUACAGUCUGGAGGGAAAUUAUUCUGUCAUGCUGGAGUCUUAAGCACAUUAUGAAAGAAAACAUGUCAUUCCAUUUGGUUCCACCAGCAAAAAAAGACUAAACAGGAUAACUUAAUAAUGUAUGGGUUAGCAAUAAUUUAUAAAAAAUACACAGUUUACAGCACAAAAGGGGGUAUUUUCUCCAACUAAACAUGCCACAAAAAGGCAUAAUCACAAACAAUACUGAAUUAUUAAUGACAAGCAUGUUUUAGUACUGAUCCUGGCCCAUUAGAGUCUUGAUGCUGAAUGAUAGUCUUUGCUGAAGUGCAUAAGAAAAUGAACAGAAACACUAAGAGCAGACGAAUUAGCAGGUGCAGCUGAUCUUCUCAUGGUUUAUUGGUCCGUGAGAUAAAGAUUAACUGUGCCAUAAAUUACUCUUUAGUGUCGUCGAGCGGCUGAUUUGGUUGAAUGUGUUUUCUUUGAUGCACUUCUCAUGCAAGUCUUUAAUUUAAUCAUUUUCGGUUUUGAUCGCGGGUGUUUUGUCUCGUAGAAGUAGAUUUAAUUCACAUACUUUAACCUUGAGGCUUAGAAAAAACAAAAGCAGUUAAAUGUAAAAACCAAACAAGGGGUUUAUUUGGAAUGUACAGCUCAAGUUUCUAUAGUUACUUGUGAUGAGUUCGUUAAUGUAAUAUAUUGCUGCCUUUAAUUUAUUUCUAAUAUUAUAUUUAAUUGUUUUUAUCACUUGGAUUUUCAAAGCCAGGGCUGAGUGUCGUCGUCUUCUAAAAGAAGUGUGUUUGUCUUUUAUUUUCUCUGGUUUUAAAAAAGAAAAAAUGUUCUCUGUAUGCAAAAAAAACCCAUAAAUAACUUCCUCUACUUAACCAAUCACUGGAUACUUAAUCAUCAGAUAAUACUGGGCCAAAAUACCAGCUGCAGUUUACCCUCGUUUUUAAUCAUGAAUUGUGUGUAUGUGCGUGUGUGAUUGUUUUCUAUUGUUCGUUCUGGUUACAAAGUUUUAAAGUCACAUUGAGAUGAUGUACGGAUGUUUUUUUAAUAGUGUGCUUUUCUACAUAUUUUUCUUAAAACCAACAAAAGAUGAUGAAGACACUGAGUGAGUCAUGUGAUGGAGAAUUGGACUGAAUGUUUACAGAAAGCGAGAAAAAAAAAAAUCUGUCAACAGCUGAAAGAUCGAUGAUGUUAAUGUUAAUUUGCUGAAUGUGCUUCAUGUAAAAUCAAAGAAUAUUCAAGAGGUAAAAAAAAGUUGCAAGAAUGUUGUAUUGGAGGGGAAGCGAGCAAACUGUUACAAAGACAUUUGGUAUGAUUUUAGACAAUAACAACAACAAGAAAACACAUUGAAAAUAGAAAAUGAAUGUAUAUAAACUGGAACUUUUCUGCUGAAUGAAGAAAUCUCAACUAUCCUUGCACAAAUAAAAGAAAGGGUUCCAUUCUUAUUAUUCUACCUUAAAAAAACAAAACACUCUUUUUGUAAAUAAUGAGUAAUAUUCAGAAUAAUUAUACUGAUCAGUGUUUCAUGCAUUGUAUUGUUUUCUGUCAAAUUAGUCUUUUUGGAAUGAAACCCUUUCUAGUUAUUUAAGACUUCACUACAAACACGGUAUUGCGUUGCACAACUUCACAAAAAAACAGUGUGUCACAGUAUUUUAAAAGCAACAGUAUUGUAAUUAUAUGUGCUUCAAUGAUCCGCAUUCAGAUCACUAUGUGGUGCCUGCAAUAUUUUCACUGAAUAUCAGGUAAAUUGUUCUUUAGUACGACAUCUCAUCCAUUCCUACUACUCGCACAUUCCCUCAUGGUGAAAGUAUAGCACAACUUUUUCAUGUUGUAACAGUUUUUUGGUAUGAAACGAGUGAUAUUUUCUGCUUCAUUAAAAACUGAAGAAAAUU